AUGGCUUAUAAGACUACUGCUGAAAAGAGGGCCAGAAAGGCUUUAAUCGAGCACCUCAAAACCCGUAAAAUUAACGGUGCUAGAAUCGCCCAGGGGAAGAAAACUGUAGAAGAUCUCCAGAAGUUAAACUUAGCACCACAAAUUUUCCUCUUCAAGAACCUAUUUUCUGGUCAAGUGUUGUACUCUCAAGUUCCAGCAUACCAUCAAGAUCAAAUUGAUGAACAAUUCGUAAGACCAAAUUGGCAAAAUAGGAAACCAUCCAGAAGAAAUGAUUUAUGGAGAAUAAUGGCAGUUGCGGAAUUUGCCAACUACGAAUAUGCAGUAGCUGCUUACGAAGGGCUAGUUCAACUUAGACAAGCCAGAGAUACUGAAUUGAAGAAAGAUGCACAAGAAUUACGUAAGAAGAAUGAAGAUGGUAACAUCUGGUAUUCUGGUCAAUACAGACCAACCUAUUCACAGGAAGCUGUAGCAGACUUGAGCCAUGUAAUCGAUGAGUUUGGUUUAGAAAAUACCAAGAUAAUGUGGGAGAAUUUAUGGAGGAAAGGUGAAGAUGAGUAUUGGUCUGAAGAUGUUCAACAUGAUAGUUUACCUGCACAUAACCCUAAGCAUCAAACAAUAUUAUUGGAUGAGUUAAGAGGGAGAGCCAUUGAAGCUUUUGCAAGAGAAAGAGAGUUAUUAGCAGGAGAGCAGGAACAAGUGCAUGGAGAUCAAGUAUCGACAGCUUAA